AUGUGGUCGGAGAUCCCCCAACAAUGAUUUCCACAGGAUUCCUUUCAGAGCAGAUUCAGGAUGAGCAUCGAGGCCCCACCCAGACUCCUGGAACUGGCGGGAAAGAGCCUGCUAAAGGACAAGGCCUUGGCCAUUGCUGCUCUGGAGUAUCUGCCCUCAGAGCUCUUCCCGCCACUGUUCAUGGUGGCCUUUGCUGGGAGAUACAACAAGACCCUGAAGGCGAUGGUGUGUGCCUGGCCCUUUGCCCACCUCCCUCUGGGGGGCCUGAUGCAGACACCUCACCAGGCGAUCUUACAAGCAGCGAUCAGUGGGCUUGGCGUCUUGCUUGCCCAGAAGGUUCGCCCCAGGAGGUGGAAACUGCAGGUGCUGGAUUUACGGAAUACUGGUCAGAACUUCUGGAGAGUGUGGUCUGGAGCCAGGGCCCAUGUGUACCCACUGAUGGGACCAGUGGCCAAGGACGGUGUAAGGAUGAGGCAGCCCUUGGCUCCACUGGUCGUGUCCAUAGACCUGUGCCUCAGGGGCAGGACCCAGGAUGAAUGCCUCACCUACCUCCUUAGGUGGGCCACACAGAGAAGUUCACUCCACCUGUGCUGUAAGAAGCUGAAGAUUUUUACAAUGGCCAUCCAAAAUAUUAAGAAGGUCCUGAAUAUGGUGCAGUUGGACAGUAUCCUGGAGGUGGAAGUGAACUGCACUUGGAAGCUGUCCACCCUGGAAAUGUUUGCUCCUUACCUGGGCCAGAUGAGUAAUGUGCGGAGACUCGUGUGCUCCCAUAUCCACGCGACGCCCUCCAAGGAGGAGAAGCAGCAUGUCACCCAAUUCACCUCUCAGUUCCUCCAGCUGCACCACCUACAGAAGCUCUCUAUGGAUUCUCCCUCCUUCCUGGAGGGCUGCCUGGAUCAGAUGCUCAGGUGA